GUGGUCGUGGCCUGAGCGAGAUGCGCGGACAGUGAGGCGACGAGGCGGCCUCCCGGCCUCUGAAGCGCGGCGAGGCGUCGAGGCGGCCGCUGAGCUUGGACCGCGUGCCGUGGCGCGCGGCGCCCAACUGCGGCUGUCGAGCUGGUCUGGUCGACUUGGGCAACUGUCACCAUGUCACUCGCUCGUCCUCUCACCCCGUGCACCCAGCCAUGCAAAACAAGGCCUCUGUGAACCUCGCCUCCGCUGCCCACCUCCCCGUCUGUGCCGUGGUUGUCGUGUUAGUGCCAAGAGAGGCCACUACGUCUACUGAAUAUGGUUUACUAGUCGUCGCCCGAACACUGGUCCUUGUCGCCGCCGCCUUAUCCCCCCUCGUCGUCAGUGGCUUUAUUGUUCACCUCCAUUGUCCCCCCUUUUGUGUUUCCCUCUCACUCUCACACUCUCUCACCCUCACUUUCUAUUCUGAACUCGCAGUGCACUUGCCAUUGUCGACCGACCCCCCGUUGAGCGACAAGCACUUGUCCUUGUUCAUCUCUUCUGCUUCUUCUUUCUGACGGGCACUGCGAAACAGCGCUUGUCGAUCCAGAGAUCCCCCUCCCCCCCCCAAGACAGCCAGAGAGAGAGAGAGAGAGAAGCGCGAGUAGCAGGCGUCACACACCUGUACACACUGUUGGCCCAAAGGACCCUCCUCCCAGGCUUCUCGCCGCCGCCGCCCUCUCACUGCAACACACACACUGCUUUGAGCACUGCUCUACCACAGCCCCUCACAUCUCGACUCUUCGCGCAACUCGCAAGAUCACCACCACCAUCGACGACAUCUCUAUCACCUCGGUUCACACACCUCACUACACUCAACCAACACAGUCACCAUGGUAGCGCUACUCGCGCUACUCGCCCUGGCUGCCGUCCCGGCGCUGGCCCAGUGGAAGGAGUACAACAUCACGUUUGACGACUCGUCGCCCAUGCUCCAGUGGACGCCGAUGCCGUCGAUGACCAUGAAUAUCACGGCGCCCGGCCUCGGAUGGAGCUUCAACUACUCCCAGGCGCCGACCACUUACAUGGUGUCACUCGGCUCGUCGGCGCACACCACCACAAGGGUCGGGUCGAGUGUCAGCCUCCGUUUCACCGGCACCGGUGCAUACUUUACCGUCUCUGGCCCGGGCGUGGUCACCCUCAACACCAAUGGACAGCAGGCGACGCCCCAGAGCAUCACCACCAGCACAACACAGAUUGGCAUUGGGGGCAUGAGCUACGACGACCACACCGUCACGCUCAGCCUCAACUCUGGCCAGGUGGCUGUUACUGGGGCCGUCGUGACCACCAUUGUCGGUGGCUCAGACACAUCAAUCACGAAUAUCACCAUCCCGGGCCUCGGCGAGGGCAACCAGGUAACCAAAGGCAUCAAGGUGACGGACCCAGCUUGGUGGGAAGCACACCCGCUCAUGUGCAACUUGGACGGGUCGCACUGUGUCACCGACAACAGUAUCACGACGGCCACGCCUCAGUCAACCCUGCAGUUGUCGCCACCUAACAACACUGCCGUCAUGCUUGUGUACGGUGGUACGGGGCCUACAAACGGCAAUUUCAUCGCCAACAUCUCGCCGAAUCCCAUCCACGGCCCAUCCACCACGACCUACUCGCCUGGGGGUCCGCUGCUCAACAUGUACAGCCUUCUGUGGUUCGUCGCCCUCGACCCGAACCAGAUUUACACCACGACGUUCACGUACCUCGGCGGCGAUGGCAUGGACAUGUUCGACUUUUACAGUGUCGUGUACCUGGUGACUUCUGGCAACACGACGGUUCCCGGUGGUCUCCCAGCCGGUAGCAAGAACGGAGGUUCAAAGAACAAUGGCGGCGGCGGCAGCGGCAGCAGUAGCAACAGCAACAUUGGCGCUAUUGUCGGCGGCGUGGUCGGCGGAAUCGGAUUCCUGGCUAUCCUUGCUGGCGCCUUCUGGUGGUGGAGACGCAGGAACCAACGCGAGAACAACAAGUGGCAGUCGGAGGGCGUCUCGCCCAUGAAUCUCGUCGACGACACGCCGCGCCGCGGGUCCCUGCAGCACACUCAGCGUGAAAGCUACAUGCCUCCACUCCGCACCGACUUUGGAACCGGCGACUUCCACACGGCCACCGGCACGGUCACAGCCUACCCUACCGACACGGUUUACUCGGACCACAGCCACAGCGGUAGCAUUGAUCCGGCCACUCGACCCCUGAUCAACCAGCUCAAUUCGUUUGGCAGUUCGUUCGGGGACGCCUCGCCGUUCCCUCCUGCCGCGAGCUCGAAUGCCGAGGGUUCACGUGUGGCCGAGCUGCAUGCUGAGGGCACUGAGUCUGUCGUCUCGGGUGCAUCGGACCGCAAGACAGCCGCGGGUCCAGCGGCGCCUGCAUCCGAGGCAGAUGUGGAGUUCGGUCUCCCGUCGUACAACGAGGCCAUUGUCAGCCCUGUCCACCGCUCGCCUCAGGCUGGUGCCAACGUGCACCCGGAACAGCGCAUGUCGUCGGCCGUCUCUACCCACUCAGCCCACUCGGCCCGCGAGAUGGACAUCAUUGGGUACCGCCUUGCGCUCCUCGAGCGGCGUCUCGAGGAGAGCGGCGGCUCGGGAGCGCGCCACGAGGCCACCAGCCCGGUCAUUGCCCGCCCCAGUGCUGUCCUCGCGCAUCCAGAGCCGAUUGCCGAGAGCCCCGAGCUCGCCGAGCCCCGCGUCACACGUCCCCUGCCCCCUGCGCCAGAAUCUACAUAGUACACGCCUCUCCCGAUACCCGCACAAAAAGUGCAUGUUAGUAGCGAAUGGACUCAAUGGUAUGCGACUCGUGACUUC